AUGAGACGAAAAGCAAAACUCGUACCUUGUUUGCUUCAAAUAUUCGCCUGCUAUGUUCUAACCGAGUGCAUUAAUGCGGAAAACAUCACGGUUGCGGUGUUGCUCCCGGACAAUAUUAAAUACCCGUGGGCAUCGCCGAGGGUCCUGCCCGCGAUUCGCAUGGCCAGAGAGAACAUCAUGAAGAGCGGACUUCUAGGAGCGCAUUCCAUCAACGUGUUAAACUUCAGCGUGGAGGACUCCACCGGAUCCUGUUCGGAAAACAAAGCACAGAUCAUCGCAGUGGAUACCAAACUGUACCACCAGCCGGACGCUUUUAUCGGACCCGGCUGCGUGUACGCGGUCGCGUCCGUGGGAAGAUUCGCGUCCCACUGGAAACUGCCGCUGAUCACCGCCGGUGGUCUGGCGUUCGGCUUCGAUAACACCGAAGAGUUCCGAACUAUUUUCCGAACCGGUCCGACCACCACCAAACUGGGAGAUUUCGUUAACGCGCUUCAUUCCCAGUUUAACUGGACUCGCCGAGCGCUCAUGAUCUUCCACGAUUUGAAGCAGGACGAUCGGCCGCAUUUCUUUCUAUCCGAGGGUAUUUACCUCAACCUAAGGGAGGAGAACAUGACCCUGAACGCCUUUCCCUAUGGAGAAGAUCAUUCCAAUUAUAAAAGCAUUGUCACCUUUAUGAAGGAGAAUGGCAGAAUUGUGUACAUCUGUGGACCUCUUCAGACAUUCUUUCAAAUCAUGCAAGUGUUUGAGGAGGAGGUGAAGAAUCCAGAAGACUAUGCCAUCUUCUACCUGGAUGCAUUUGGUGAAAGUCUCAUUGAUGAUGCCCACCGACUCUGGCAGAGCUCAGAUAUCCAGUGGAAAGAUCCUAUCAAGCUAUUUCAGUCUGUAUUUGUUAUAACGUACCGAGAGCCAGAUAAUCCUGAGUAUGCAGCUUUCCGAACAGAGCUUCACAAGCGAACGACACAAGAUUUUAAUGUCCAUUUGGAACCUUCAUUGAUGGAUUUUAUUGCUGGCUGUUUCCAUGAUGGCUUUAUACUGUACGCGAAGGCUUUGAGUGAAGCUUUAGCAGACGGAGUCUCUCAGAACGAUGGCAUCGGUGUUAUUUCAAGGAUGCAGAACCGUAGGAUUUGGGGAGUUACAGGUCUUGUUAGUACAGACAGAAACAGAGCCAGGUACACAGACUUCAGCCUCUGGGCCAUGAGCAGCCUGGAAACUGGACGAUACGCGGUUGUUGGUGACUACAAUGGAACCAACAGGGAAAUUGUGUGGUCAGCAACAGAGAGGAUUCAUUGGCCCAAGGGCUUUCCACCCAUUGAUGACCCCCGAUGUCUGGUGUCAUGUGAAGAUCCGAUUGAUGUCCUUGGAAUCGUUGCUGUGGGGUCUGGUCUGGCUCUAAUAAUCUUUGGAUUCUCAAGUUUUCUCAUAUACAGGAAGCUGAAGCUGGAGAAAGAGUUGGCUGGAAUGCUGUGGCGGAUUAGAUGGGAGGAGCUGCAGUUCGAAAGCCCCAACAAAUACCACAAGCGAGCUGGGAGCCGUCUCACUCUGUCCCAGAGGGGCUCCAGCUAUGGGUCCUUGAUCACCGCACAUGGAAAACAUCAGCUGUUUGCAAAAACAGGCUAUUUUAAGGGCAACCUGGUAGCAAUCAAACAUGUGCACAAGAGGAUUGAGCUGACCAGACAAGUGCUGUUUGAACUCAAGCAUAUGAGAGACGUUCAGUUCAACCACCUGACAAGGUUUGUCGGUGCCUGUAUUGAUCCACCGAAUACUUGCAUUGUGACUGAGUAUUGUCCCAGAGGUAGUCUUCAGGACAUUCUGGAAAACGAGAGUAUCAAUCUAGACUGGAUGUUCCGUUUCUCACUGAUGAACGACAUUGUCAAGGGAAUGAACUACCUGCACAACAGCUACAUUGGAUCCCAUGGAAAUCUGAAAUCAUCAAACUGUGUGGUGGACAGUCGCUUUGUGCUGAAAAUAACAGAUUAUGGUCUGGCAAGCUUUCGGUCCUCAUAUGAAAAUGAAGACUGUCAUGAACUUUAUGCAAGAAAGCUGUGGACCGCUCCAGAGAUGCUGAUAUAUGACAGGCCUCCACCGCAGGGAACCCCGCGGGGAGACGUGUACAGUUUUGGGAUCAUCUUGCAGGAGAUAGCUUUGAGGAAUGGACCGUUCUAUGUGGAAGGCAUGGAUCUGAGUCCAAAAGAGAUAAUCCAGAAGGUACGGAACGGCCAGAAACCCUAUUUUCGACCAACGACAGAUAACACGUGCCACUGUGAGGAGCUGACCACCCUGAUGGAAAACUGCUGGGCUGAGGACCCCACGGAACGCCCUGACUUCAGCCACAUCAAGAUCUUUAUUAGUAAGCUCAACAAAGAAGGGAGCACCAGCAUCCUUAAUAACUUGCUGUCCAGAAUGGAGCAGUAUGCCAACAACCUGGAGAAACUGGUGGAAGAGCGAACCCAGGCCUACUUAGAGGAAAAACGUAGAGCGGAAAAUCUUCUUUAUCAAAUCUUGCCACACUCAGUAGCAGAGCAGCUUAAAAGAGGAGAAACAGUGCAGGCAGAGGCCUUUGACAGCGUCACUAUUUAUUUCAGUGAUAUAGUUGGCUUCACUUCAAUGUCGGCUGAAAGCACACCAUUACAGGUUGUAACAUUGCUGAAUGACCUCUACACAUGCUUUGAUGCCAUCAUUGAUAAUUUCGAUGUUUAUAAGGUGGAGACCAUCGGUGAUGCGUAUAUGGUGGUGUCAGGUCUCCCGGUGCGCAACGGCAAACUCCACACUCGAGAAAUCGCAGGGAUGUCAUUGGCUUUACUGGAACAGGUUAAAAGCUUUAAGAUCAGACACAGACCGAAUGACCAGCUGUGGUUACGUAUAGGAAUCCAUACGGGGCCUGUCUGUGCUGGUGUGGUGGGACUUAAGAUGCCCAGGUAUUGUCUGUUUGGAGAUACAGUUAACACAGCGUCAAGGAUGGAGUCCACCGGGGAAGCUUUACGGAUACAUGUGUCCUCAGCCACCAAAGAAGUGCUGGACGAGUUCGGCUACUUUGACCUCCAGCUCCGAGGGGACAUAGAAAUAAAGGGCAAAGGCACAAUGAGAACGUAUUGGCUUAUGGGGGAGAAGACAGAUGUCUAUGGUAUCUGAGUGCUGCUGAUGGAGCUGACGGAAAAGCUGAAUAGCCACCUCAGCAGGAGACCUGGGUUUGAAUUGUGUUCUAGGUUUAAAAGGAUGCGCCUAUUAGCGCUAUCCUUACGCGGAACAAUGCAUUACUCUUUAUGCCUUUUAAGGAAGGUCUAUUCAGGUAUGAUUUGUACCUGCUUUAACUGCAAAAAAACUGUAAAGCUGUUUUUAUGAUGAAGAAACUUCUUGUUUAUAGCUGGAACUUUUCCCAAAGUGAUUUUACUUAUUUUUGUGCAUUCUAUAUUCAGAUUUGUACGUGAUUUGGAAAUGUACUUGGUAUCUAUACAGCACAAACAUGGAAAAGUACAGUGUACUGAACAUUGUGCUGCUUUUUUCUGCCUGGUACUCCACAGUUAUUAUUUGUAUAUAUGUAUAUCCAAGACAAUGUAAGAUAUUUUGAUCAAUAAACAAAUGAAAACAUAA